AGCUCAAACGCGGAGACAGCACAGAAGAAAACCCAAGACGCGUUCGGGUCCGCCCAAAAGACAGCGGAAAAGCUUUGGGAGAGCUCAAAAAAGUUGCUUGGUCCUCUCGGCGAGCGCGCUGGAAGCAUGCUCGGAUCAUACCGUCAACCUGUGAUGUACAACUUGUCUGUUGCACGCGAAUUGUUGAAGCAGGUUUACGUGGCGGAGCGUUUGCAACCUCCCACUGAUUUUGCAGUGGUGAGAAGCGCAUACUCGACAUUAUGGAGCCGUGCUAGUAGCCAGGCAUAUUGGCGAGGGAUACUCAGUUCCGGGGAGUGGGCCAAGGUUGCCAUAUACGCCGUGGAGGCAUACGGCAUCUUCAAGAUUGGAGAGAUUGUCGGACGUAGAAGCGUUGUCGGAUACAACCUU